AUGACAGAACAAAAUGUUUACUCGACUGGAGUGUGUUUUCUUUGCGGGAGCUGCGACGUGGGUCAUCACUCAGGAGACAUUCCGGUCAUCCCUAUGUAUGAAAUCAGAUUCGUAGUUGAAAAUCUCGACGAAACAGUUCCGGAACGAAACUACUCUGAUGAUCAAAGUGUUGAAGGAUGUGCUCGUUGUCGUGGACUAGUUUUUCAGGCCCUCGAGCUGAAAGCAGAACUGGAGGCUUUAUUUUUUAAAAUGCGACAAAUAAACUCGCAGAAAUUUCGUAUGCCGCAGUGUAGUAUACAGCCGGAUAAUACAUACACUAAUUUGGAACCUGUGCAGGCUGCCCCGACGGCGAAGGAAAGACGUUGUAUACCGUGCACAUCGUGUGGUCGCUCACUGAAAAGCGAGCUCCAACUGGAAGAACACGUUGCUGCUGUUCACAGGAAAGAGAGGAACUUCCAUUGUCCGAUAUGUUCUGCGAGAUUUGGUUGGAAGAGCCUGCUUCAAGAACACGUUCGGAAGACCCAUUCUAAUAUUGAUACCACUUUGGUUUGUCAGGAAUGUUCGAAGUCGCUCAAGACGAAACGUGGAUUGGUUGAGCACAUGUGGUCACGUCACAGUAUUCGAUGCCCUGGUGCCAAUUUCAAGAAAUGUCGUUUCUGUGAUAAGAUAUUCAUAACGGUGCAAAAGUUGAAAGAACAUGAGAGAAGACAUAGCGGCGAGCGACCGUAUCCUUGUAUGUUAUGCCGAGAGAGGUCUCCAGAUCGCAUCGUUCAGAGACUGAUAGUUUUAAAAGACGCCGUUCAAAAAGCGCGUCUCCGCGAUCGCGCAGAAAUGUUCAGCGUGAUACACAUUCUAGAAGCCGAAACGAAAAACUCGACAGAAGAGAUCGCGUUCACUCGAAAGAACGUUCAUCGCAAUAUUCAAGAUCUUCCGAGCAUUCUUCCUCACGCCGACGCAGCCCAGAAACUGAUCGUCAUGAACGGCGGAAAAAGCACUCGCAACGAUUCGAUGGAGCUGAAUUUGAAACUUCUCGAGAAACGAAUGGAAGUCGCUGAACGUCGCAAGCAGAACAAGUUGAAACGGAAAGCGAUCGAAACUCCCGAAGAGAAGCGCGCUCGUCGUCUCGCCAAGAAGGAGAUUAAAGAGCGUAGUCGGAAGGCGAAAAUGGGCUGGGAUAGUGACUAUCUCCACUACACGAACGCAGAUAAUCCAUUCGGUGACUCUAAUUUGUUGGAUACCUUCACGUGGAACAAGAAGCUGGAAAAGGAAGGUCUCACUACUCUUCCUGCUGAAGAACUCGAGCUUCGCAAGCGCCAGAAAAUGGAAGAAAACCGGCGCGAGCUGGAAAAAGUAAAGGAGCGACGACUCGCGAUGGAAAAAGAGCGUGAAGAACGUGAGCACGACAUGUGGCUCGCCCAACGCUCCAAAGAAGCCGAACAGUUCAAGGAAUGGGAAAAGCAAGAAGAGCUUUUCCACCUCGAGCAGGCGAAACUUCGGUCCAAGAUACGCAUCCAAGACGGUCGCGCAAAGCCAAUCGAUCUCCUCGCCAAGUAUAUUUCUUCCCAAGAAGACGUCGACGCAGUGGAGAUGCACGAACCUUACACAUACUUGACUGGUCUUGGGAUUGACGACCUGGAGGACUUGAUCGAGGACAUCAAGGUCUACCAGGAACUUGAACACGAUGCAAAUCAACCCUUCUGGGAGGACAUGACUAUCAUCGUGCAAGAUGAACUGCUCAAACUACAGAAGGCCAAGGCCCAGGCCGAUGCUGAAACCCACGGUGCUGUAUUCAUCGAAAGAGUCGAACGCCCCGGGGUUCACGCCAGUGUCGCGAAAGACGUCGCUGAGGUCUUCAAAGGCAAGUCACCGGAACAAUUGAAGCAGUUGAAAGACUCAAUUACUGGCAAGGUCGCGGCUAAAAAGUCAGGACCUCCGGGUGCACGAGCUGAUCUUCCGUAUUGGGAAUCCUUGUUGCAACAGCUUCACGCUUACAUGGCUCGAGCGAGACUACGAGAAGCUCACCAACAAGGACUCAGGAAAAAGCUGGAAAUUCUCAAAGCCGAACAAGGUGUUGAAGAAGCUAAGAAACUUGCAUUGCAGAACGCAGCGAUCAGCGAACCCGUAGAAGGCGGCGAGGAAGAGAAGGAACGAAGACAAGAAGACGUCAGCGACGAAGAAGACAAUGAGGCGAAUACGGAGGAGGAUUUGGAUGUGUCAAUGAUAGAGACUGCCGUAAAAGACUACGAAGAUGGGCGAUAUUCCCCGACAGCCUUUGACCCUGACGAUCUUGAACCAGGAACCUUGUUCGUAAACGAGGACGACGAUGCGAAGCGCCUCGAUUAUUCCCGUCAAUUAGUGCAAAGCAAAGGUCGCCGCGUCGAAGAUGUCAUGACUUCAGAAGAAAAGGCGCUGCAGAAGGAGGCGAGAAAGGGAAUGACUGAUGACGAGGCUGUGUUCGGAGUUGAGGCGGAGCUGGAGCAGCAGUCGUACUUGUGGUCUGACAAGUACAGACCACGUAAACCUCGAUAUUUCAAUCGUGUCCACACUGGAUUUGAGUGGAACAAAUACAACCAGACGCAUUAUGACAUGGAUAACCCGCCCCCGAAAAUUGUGCAAGGGUAUAAGUUCAACAUCUUCUAUCCCGACUUGUUGGACAAGUCCUCAACUCCCGCAUAUUCAAUAACACCGUGUGGUGACCAAGGUGAUUUUGCCAUCUUGAGAUUCAAAGCAGGUCCUCCGUAUGAAGACAUCGCGUUCAAGAUCGUCAACAGGGAAUGGGAGUACUCGUAUCGCCGCGGGUUUCGUUGUCAAUUCCAUAACUCCAUUUUUCAGCUUUGGUUCCAUUUCAAGCGCUAUCGCUACAGAAGGUGAUUUACUUUCUUGUUGCGCGUGGAUAGUUGUAUGAAGAUUUUUCGUGCCCUGAUUUGUACUUGAUGUUGAAAAUGUGUUGGAUAAAUGUUCCAAGAUUGAAAGGGGACUUUUUGGAGGAAGAAAAUGGCUUACUUGCGUAUUUCCUGUUGCACUUUUUCAUGUACUGAAUGGUUUUCACAAUUUUCGUGUGGGAGAGCUUCAUGGAUACGACGUUCGAUUACAUUACUGAGGUUUGAAUCUGA